GAUAAUUCAAUCUUAUUGAAUCCAAUGGAUCCGUGCUCUUUCGUACGUAUCAUCGUCGGGAAUUUGGCGGUUAGGUUUCCAAGAUCACCGUCGUCUUCAUCGUGGUCGUCUUCCUCGUCGGGACCGUCUGUUUCGGAUGUAUCUUCUGGUAAUUGCUAUUGUAAGAUCAAAUUCAAGAGUUUCCCACGCCAGAUUGUUUCUGUUCCCGUUCUGUUACGAACCGAAUCGGAAUCAGAGUCUCGGUGUUGCUCCGGUAACGUCUCAACCGUCGCUGCUUGCUUUAGUCUAAGUAAGUCUCAGAUUGAGACGUCUCUUAAGAAGCCUAAAUGGAGUGUUCUCUCCGUCGAGGUUUACUCUCGCGGUGGUGCGUCGUGUGCUGCUUCCGGUGAGAAGCUGAUUGGUCGGUUUGAGGUUACGCUUGAUUUGAAGGCGGCGGAGACGAAGACGUGUUUCGCACACAACGGCUGGGUUGAUUUGGGCACUAAAUCGAAGAAUAAGAAGAAGUCCGGGUCGGAUCCGGAGCUCCAUGUUAGCGUACGGGUUGAACCCGACCCGAGAUUUGUGUUUCAGUUCGACGGCGAGCCUGAGUGUAGUCCUCAGGUUUUUCAAGUCCAAGGAAAUACAAAACAAGCUGUUUUCACUUGCAAGUUCGGAUUCAGAAACUCCGGUGAUCGGAAUCUUAGUCUCAGCUUAUCGUCGUUGACGAGUGGAAAGGAACAGUUUUUAAAAGAGAGAAAAGGUUGGUCGAUAACGAUCCAUGAUCUAUCUGGUUCACCAGUGGCUAUGGCUUCAAUGGUCACACCUUUCGUACCAUCUCCUGGUUCCAACCGCGUGUCUCGGUCUAAUCCUGGAGCUUGGCUAAUCCUCAGACCUGAUGGCUACACCUGGAAGCCAUGGGGUCGCCUUCAAGCAUGGCGUGAACCAGGCGUCUCUGACGUUCUAGGUUACCGUUUUGAGCUUUAUAGAGAUGGUAUCGCCAUUGCAGUCUCUGCUUCGUCCUCGAUCAGCACAAAACUUGGCGGGAGUUUUAGCAUUGAUGGAUCCACCGCUACAACUACGACUAGGACUGCUUCUUUGAGUAGCUCUGAAGGAAGUUUCGAUCUUUCUUCCUGGUCAAGCAUCAGAUCAUCAAGAACUGAUUCAGGAUCCGGGUCGGAUUUCAGGUUCUCACUGUCCCAAGCGCAACAAAACUUGGGGUUUGUGAUGUCGACGAGGGUGGAAGGAGUGGAGAAACAGAGCAAGCCUAAGGUGGAGGUAGGUGUGAAGCACGUGACUUGUAGGGAGGAUGCGGCAGCACACGUGGCACUAGCAGCGGCGGUGGAUCUAAGCAUGGAUGCUUGUAGGCUCUUCUCUCAUAAGCUAAGAAAAGAGCUGAGACAGCUAAGUCGUAUUGAUGUCGUUUGACGUUUUGAUACAUGAGAUAAAAUUGUCAGUUGUCU